AAAAUGGCGAACCUUCUUUGUUUUAUAUGUGUACUUUCGCGUAUUUUUAUUCUGCUCAUUUUUAAUUUAGGAUUGUCUGUCAGACAUUUACGGAAAAAGAAACUCUUCCUUCUCAUGAGCAUACAUAUAAACAAAGAAUACUAUUUUGCAAAUCAGAUAAAGUAACUGGUAUGUUUCUGAGAAAACUGUUUUCAAGAUCUUUCAAGUGCGUUCCUUGAAUUAUGCUAGCAUCCAUCAAGCUAUGUAAUUGCUCCUUUUCCUUGAAAUGGUGUAUAGUUAUUGUCUAUUUCUGGCUUUAGCUCCUGCAUCGAAAGAAUUUUCAAUAAAAAAAAUUCCCUUUGGUCAAACACCACUGGCUACUAAUGAAUCACUUCAAACAUCGCCCUCGUUGUUACCACCUGAACCUCAUUUACUUGAUGAUAACCUAAACUCAUAUACACGUACUCAAGGCCAAAAAGAAUUUGAUCGCGAUUCAUCAAGUUCAGAUGAUGACGAAAG